CUUUCUCAGUCUCACCCGAUUUUUGUCGCCGUCGAAGGGAGGGUUGUGCUUGUGUUGUAUACUGCACUCUGCUCCGCUUCUGUACCUUAUUAUUGAUAAACUAUGAGCCGCGAAGGUGUUGGUACGUUGCCGAUAAAGUCAAUUAGCCAUUGUUUAUAUUAAGAUGCUUUUGCCGGUAAAUAAUCUUCUACCUGUCUAAAGGGAAGCAAUAACAGAAUGCGGAUUUUUUCGGUACUUUUUGAAUAGAAUGGCGCCAAUGAUAUACACCUUAUAUGGUUUUGCGAUAUUUUUUUUCGUGUUUUGGUGCGCGCUGUGGAUCGUACACCUUAUCGCUAUCUUUUAUGGAAAGUACAGACUGCACAGCAAGUUUACAUCGCAGCCGAGCGACACGUGUUAUUUCGGAGUUUCAAUUUUGAAACCGCUUAUGGGAGUAGAUCCAAAUUUAUUUACCAAUUUAGAAACGUUUUUUAAUAUGAAUUAUCCGAAGUACGAACUGCUCUUCUGCGUAGAAGACGAUACGGAUCCUGCUAUAAUGCUCGUAAAAAGUUUAAUGGAAAAGUAUCCGAAGGUCGAUGCAAAACUGUUCAUCGGUGCUGCCAUUGUAGGUGUCAAUCCGAAGAUUAAUAACAUGCACUACGCGUACGAAGCUACCGCUUACGAUUUCAUUUUAAUAUCCGAUAGCGGUAUAAGAAUGAAGGAAGAUACAUUGCAAGAUAUGAUGAAUCACAUGACGGAUAAGAUUGCAUUGGUGCAUCAAAUGCCAUUUAGUGCUGAUCGAAGCGGUUUUGCCGCGGCUUUGGAAAAGAUCUACUUCGGAACUGCUCAUUCUCGAGUAUAUUUAACUGCGGAUUGUAUUAAAGUAAACUGUCAUACUGGUAUGUCAGCGCUCAUGAGAAAAUCAGUAUUGGAAGAGGAAGGGGGAUUAAAAACAUUUGGCUGUUAUUUAGCGGAAGAUUUCUUUAUUGCUAAGUCAUUUAUGGAUAAGGGAUGGAAGAUAACAAUUUGUAGUCAGCCAGCCAUACAGAAUUCUGGGAUUUGUGAUAUUCAUAGUUUUCAGUCACGCUUAACAAGAUGGGCCAAAUUGAGAGUUGCGAUGAUUCCAUUAGUAACGAUAUUUGAACCUUUGACUGAAUGCAUGGUGAUUGGUGGAUUUACUGCAUGGGCAGUAGGUGUCCUGUUUCAGUGGGAUUCGUUUGCAUUCUAUCUGGUACAUGUUUUGAUAUGGUUUAUAUGUGAUUGGGUACUCCUAACCAUAGUUCAGAACGGCUCAUUACCAUUUAACAAAUUUGAUUUUGUCGUCGGUUGGCUUUUUCGCGAAUGCUCAGGACCAUACUUAUUUCUCCAUGCACUUUUUAAUCCAACUAUUAGAUGGCGUACGAGAGUGUAUAAGCUAGCAUGGGGGGGAAUUGCACAAGAAAUUAAGCCAAGAAUUAAAUUUUAACGUUGUCGUUAUUUUAAUUGUGAUCUCAUUAUUUAUUUUAGUAUGUAACUAAAUUUACAUAAAAAGCAAACAAUACAUAUCAUUUAAAGAAUAUUUAUUUUUACUCGAGUCAUUUAUAUGUAUUUGUGAGUUUUUAGUCGAUGUCCUUGUAACUGUGAAAUAUAAAAGACUUGUACACAGUUACCGUUUUACAAGAGAUUUUAAAUGAGACUGAAGGUUUAAUUAAAACCAAAUUUUUUUAUUUUGUGAUCUUAAGUUUAUUAUUUGUUGUUUUGUAUAAAUACGAUUUUGUAAACUUUCGUGUAAUUUUUACAAAAUUAAAUUACUACAUUGCAGAUUUCUUUUGUGUUCAAGCAUUGGAAAUAAUCGCAAGUAAACUCAAUUCAGACCACAUCAGUAUAAGUGGACAAAUACAUAUUGAUAUCGAUACAAUCACUAAUUCAGUAAUUCUUGUUCGAUUGUUUAUGGCUUAAUUACGAGAAGAAAACUGAAUUUAUCAGAUGUAGCAGGAGGAAUUUUAAGAACUAAGUCUGGAUCAAAAGUCUCCAGAUGUCAAAUGCUUUCAAUCUGCGAACGGAAAUGUGUUUUUGUUUACCUGGGAUGGAGUUUGGCAUCUUGUAGCUUUCUAAAUUAUUGUGAUUUGUCAUUCUAUUCUUUAGAGUGGAGGAAAGGAAAGAAUAUAGAAAGCUACAGCUUUUUUUAAGUUGCCUCCAUUGUUCAAUACCAAGGGCGGAACAAAGUUUCUGAAACUCCGUACGUCAUUUGACCCGAGUGUUUAAAGGUAGGAUUUGUGCAUGUGCGAAUCAAAUUGAAUAAUUUUUUGAGGCUGAUGAGGUGUUUGAGGGAAGGUACAGUGUUGCAUACAAAUCUAUAUUUAACUGAUGGAGAUAGUAUACAUUUUUCUACACCAGCAGUAAAAGGAAAUGUAUGAUUGCAAAUGCAGGUUGUAAUCAACUUACAGCCAUUCUACUAAAACAAUGUUGCUGCCGUAGUAUGAAGUAGCACUAAGUUCUUCCAAAUCAUAGGGAACCGUAAUGCAUAACGAAGCGAUGUGACACAACGUUCUCGACUAUCCCAACAUUCAUUAUGAAAAAACCAAGUUUAUUAACUGUGCCGUACAUACAGCAGCUCAUCAUGGGAUCACCAUCAGAAAGAGAGAGAGCCUGUUGUACUACAUGAACAGAAUGUGUACUAUCUGAGAGCCACACUUUGCACCUUUUACAAAGAACCAUAAUGCAUGGCGAAGCGAUCUAACACAAUCUUCUCGACUGUCUCAACAUUCAUCGUGAAAAUACCAAUUCUAACAACAUCGCCGCACAUAAAGCAGCCCCACGCGGGAUCGACCUCGGAGAAAGUUCUUGCACCCUGUACCAUCUGCAGUGAAUACGUAAUGUCGCAGAGCCACACUCGGCACCUUUCGCAAAGAACCAUAAUGCAUCACGAAGCGAUCUAACACAAUCUUCUCGACUGUCCCAACAUUCAUCGUGAAAACAGCAAGUCUAACAACAGCGCCGCACAUAAAGCAGCCCAACACGGAAUCUCCAUCGGAGAAAGUUCUUGCAGCCUGUACUACCUGCAGUGAAUACGUAAUAUCGGAGAGCCACACUCUGCACCUUUCACAGAGAACCAUAAUGCAUCACGAAGCGAUCUAACACAAUCUUCUCGACUGUCCCAACAUUCAUCGUGAAAACAGCAAGUCUAACAACAGCGCCGCACAUAAAGCAGCCCAACACGGAAUCUCCAUCGGAGAAAGUUCUUGCAGCCUGUACUACCUGCAGUGAAUACGUAAUAUCGGAGAGCCACACUCUGCACCUUUCACAGAGAACCAUAAUGCAUCACGAAGCGAUCUAACACAAUCUUCUCGACUGUCCCAACAUUCAUCGUGAAAACAGCAAGUCUAACAACAGCGCCGCACAUAAAGCAGCCCAACACGGAAUCUCCAUCGGAGAAAGUUCUUGCAGCCUGUACUACCUGCAGUGAAUACGUAAUAUCGGAGAGCCACACUCUGCACCUUUCACAGAGAACCAUAAUGCAUCACGAAGCGAUCUAACACAAUCUUCUCGACUGUCCCAACAUUCAUCGUGAAAACAGCAAGUCUAACAACAGCGCCGCACAUAAAGCAGCCCAACACGGAAUCUCCAUCGGAGAAAGUUCUUGCAGCCUGUACUACCUGCAGUGAAUACGUAAUAUCGGAGAGCCACACUCUGCACCUUUCACAGAGGUUAUAACGCACAGUGAAACUGUUACACAACAAUACAACAAGUAAACCGAUACCAUGACCGUAAAUUAUAAAUAAGAAACAGUAAGUUAUGAAAUCCCAAGGCUUGUAGAUGUUGGCUUCGCGUGUGCCUAAACAAUUAAAAUGGUCACUUGAACUUGGAACAUUAAAUUAUACAUACCUUAAAAGCCAACACCUACUGGACGGAUCUUUCUAACACGCUUCCAUAAUCUUCUACUUUACGGUGUGGGGUGAUCAGAGUCCUUAGGAGCCGGCCCUGCCUCGCUUGGAGAAUCUACUAUAGUCUCUGAAAAUGGUGUCAAAAAUUGAAUUUUGGGUUUAUGUGGAAACCAACAUCAAUAAUGUUGGGUAACCACAUUGGAUAGCAGAGUUGGCCUUUGUAUUGAUAGGUACCAAUACCACCUGGAAAUUCAGCAUGGGAACGAUAGAAGACUGUAUCCUCUUCUAAACCUAAAGAAAAUAUCAUUUGGACUGUAUACUUACUUGAAGUGAUUGCAUCAUCAUGGUCUGUAACGUCCUCAUUAGUGGCUACCAUCUCUGCGGUAAUGUAAGGUUCGGUGGAUCCUAAAAAUACUGUAAAUUGCACUAAUCUUUAUAUUUCAAAGUUAUUUUAUGUACCUCCUGUCUCAUUGGAUAAAUUACUAGAGUGUGUGGUGGAUGAAUCACCUGCUGGUUCAAGUUCCGCAGAUGAAGCGGUAGAUUCUGAAUCGGAAUCCACCGAUUCAUCAGCUUCAAAAAUGGCGAUUACUGGAGGUACCCUUCGCUAAAUAUGAGAAAACAUUUUUAGAGCGAUAGUUUGAUAUACUUGCCACCACCAACGAUAUUUCUACUGUAAUGUGACAACUUAAUACACGAAUGAACGAAAUUUACCCUGUAAUUUUCCGAUAUGGUGUGGAGUCUCACCAAGUCCACAAAAAUGAUCUCGCAUCGAUCACAUAUUAUAUUAAUACUAGGAGAACACUGCAAGAACCAUAUUGAACCAGAAAACGAUAUAACACAAUAUUAUCAAUUCUCCUUAAGCACAUUGUAAAGAAAUGAGUUUGACUUUCCACACCACAAAUAAAACAGCAUGGUGAACAGUGACGAUAAAUAAAACGUCUUGGAGAUCGUGCUAGGCGAAUUAAAAAAGCCGUAUUAGAGAGCCACAAAUCGCAUCUCUCGCAGAGGUAGUAACUGUCUUCGUUGUCGUAUGGCUAAAAAGUUUUAGUAAAUACCUUAAAAAAGUGAUAACUUUAGUGCAUACCUGCAGCAUACAGAUAAACAUCUCCAUGUACUCCUCUUCGUAUGAGCGCCUAACGGACAUUCUUCGACUCACUAAACCACAAAUAAAGCAAGUGGGUCGAAAAUCUGAAGAUGUACGAUACUUUAAUUUUGGUUAUAUGUAUUGAACACAUACCAUUUUCAAAAAGUGGAUCUGCCAUAUCAAGUAAAAAUGUUGAAGUAUUCGUAAUAGACUCAAUACUGACAGGACCAGACUUCGUAUCUGUAAUAUGCAAAUCGCAAGGUUCUGAUUUCAAGGUGGACGAUCACCUGGUUGGUCUUAUGUUUUUUACCGUCACCACUGUAGCUGAAGUGAAUAAAAUAUAUGCAUACCUA